UUUGAACUUCACAAGACAGCCCGAUAAAUAAGUGUGCAUCUCGCUUUUUCACUCAGCGUCUGAGUUUCCUGAAGCAUGGACGUAAACAGGUGAAUGGAGAUCGGCUUCUGAUGGACAAAUGGACAGUUUGAAUAAUAGUCGGGGGAAGGUUUCUAUAGGAGUGCCAUCUAGGUCAUCUACUUUCACAUUUGUGCAAGUGGUGCAGAAAUUACCAUUUAAAAGCAUUAUGAGUGCAGAGGAGACAUCCGAAGUGCCACAGAUGAAACCCAAUGAGAACGUAGCCGUGUCCCAGGAGAGGACAACCGGGGAGACCAUGUCAGACCGGGAGAUUUUCAAAGCAGAGUUUGUCUUUAUCAAGGAUUCUGUGGAAGGAGGAGCAGGAAACGUUGUCCCAGCAGAGCCGCAACUUAAAAUGAAGCCUUCGCUGGAUCACGUAAGCCACACUCUCACUAAAGCCUCUCAUUCAGUCAGCACUCAGCCUGAAAAUACAUCCAACCACAUAACUGCUGGGACGACAUCUAUGGAAACAGCUGUUGAUAGACACAGGGGCAUUUCCCAUCGACAGUGUCACGAUACUUCUGGACGUGCUGAGGUUAGCUUGGGUUGCUUUGCAAAUAGAGUGUCAGAGGACAGAAGCAGCCCCACAGACUCUGUAGACCUGUUUCCCACCAUGACCUCGUCCAGAGACUCCCUCCUGUCAGACGGCUCAGACAAAGACAAGAGCUGGUCGGCCGUGCAGCCCUCCUCUGUGGUCUCUCCUUUCUCCUUCAGCCGCACUAUCUCGCCUUGCUCGUCUGUCCUCUCUGGCAUCUUCUCCCCAUCCGUCACCCAGAUCAAGAGGCACUUUCUGGCACCUGGCUCAAGCCUGGUUCAUAUCCCUCAAACCUGUUUCUCAUCCUGCGAGAGCCUGUCAUCCUCUGUCUGUCCCCAGUCCCCUCCUCCCCGGCACCGACCUCCUCUCACCCGACUUUCCCUCCUAACUGCCAUCCUUAGAAAAGGCCGCCUUCCUGUUCUGUCCUCUGCUCUUCAGAGGCCUUACACCCCCUGCUGGCCUGUUAACCCUGUGACCCUAUCCUUCUGCAAAGCCUGUUCAGCAGCCUCCAGUGUGGCCUCUAUUCCCCUGGAGUUCUCCUCACGCUUCUCCUCAUCAGUAUCUAUAGAUAGUACGACCCACGUUCACAAAGAGGCUAAUAAAUGUGUCACUGCUCGUUCACCUGUGCAAUCCACUGAACACAGCCGGACACGCCCGCAAGCAAAAAGAUGCUGUGAGCAAAGUCACUCAAGCAGCGUGCCAAGAUGGGAGCAGGUUAUUUCACCGCCACCAGCAAAAAGCAAAAAACGACCCAGGGCUCCACUGUCGCUGCUUUCAAACUUUAAAUCUGUUUCUCCGGCAGAGCAUGAAGAAAUGCUCGUCUGUGCAACUCCCAAACAAAUGCAACACACAUAUACGUCCAUCUGCCAAUCCCCAGAGCUGAAAUCCAGCAACACUGCCACGUACCAUACAGAAAAUAACCUUAAAAACCUCUCCCCGAAACUUGUUACUGAGCGAGACACCUCUGUGCCGCAGAAGCGGAGUCACCCAUCAAAUUCAUCUCUCUCAAGACUUCAUCUGCUUUCUCAAAAACUCCGCUCUCCACCCGGCUGCCGUUCUCCACCUUCACAGUCACGCUCACCUGAUGUCACAGUUUUCUCUGCUUGCUCAGAUGCAGCAUCACCUCCUCACUCUUUACUAACCACCUCAGGAAGGUGUGAGUUUGAGAGACGCUGUCCUGAUUCCAAACCUGACACCCCACCACAGGGGUUUUACAAAGCCCAUUGCCUGUCCCCUUCCCGCUACACACCCAUCAAUUUUCUUGGAUGGCCGUCACCCACCAGCUCCCCCAUGCUUACACCCUCUCCUGCUCCACCAAUCAGAGACCUCACUCCGUCUCCUUCUCUCUCCCUGCGCUCCACAACAAGCUCCCCGAGGCCGGGGAGUGGAAUAUCAGACUGCAGUGACAGGGAGGGUAAAAAAAGAAAGACACACAAGAUUAAGUUAAGCUAUAAAUCGCUUGCUGCAAUUCCCACGAACACCCUUCUGAUGGAUCAGCAGGCAAUUGACGAGCAGGUAGAGCGAAUAGACACUUCCAGCGACACGUUGGACAGAAGUGUUGCAGACACACAUGCAGAGAUGUGCUCGCCUGCUCAGCUGCGGCAACAGUCUGAGGAACUUUAUGCAGCUAUUGAUGAAAUAUUGGCAAAUUCCAUUCCAACACCCCCUAGGUCAUCGACUACCAACGUUGGUCAGCAGCAGAACAACUCAUCGCUUCCAAAAUCACUGGGACGAGAAACCAAAUAUGCAUCUUUAGGCAGCUUGCCCCAGUCUUCCAGUAAGGCAAGACAUCUGCUGGAUCCAAAAAAGACUAAGCCUGGUGUUAUCCGUCCGAUGACGGCCAUUCCGAGACUGACUGUGGAGGGUGAGGAAGAAUUUCACGUGAACCCGUUCAGACAGUCUGUCGUCAAGCAGACCUUGACUUACAACAGGAAGGCAGAGAAUCGGAGUCCUGAAAAGGCACUGGAAGGUUUUUACACAAGUCCAAAAAGCAUAACGAGUGAAGAGAGGAAGAGUGAAAGACGACAUCCGUUCUCACUGUGUGACCUGCAGAUAACAGAGGCUGAAGACCCGAUCAGUCGCUCUGACAGGGAUGCUUCGGCAUCAUUCAAGCAGAGGGCAGCUUGGGAGACUCAUAUUUAACGCACACCCAAAAAAGACGAAACAGUUAGUUGUUGUUUUUUAACUGCACAAUAAUCUGCUAAGACCAUUGCACAAUUACAGCUUCACAUGUACAGCUGUUAAAAGCAAAGCUUUAAUAUGCACUUAAUGCAUGUAAGUGACCAUUUUACACUUGCCAAAGCCAUUAAUCUUUUUUCUCCCUCAUGUACAAUUUGCGCUGACACUGGUCUCCAUUUUCUGUACAAUGACAAAUUCUGACAGCGUGACAGUGUUUCAGCCAUGGAACGCCCAGUCACUUAACGGAAUGACUAUACUGAGUGUUCAUAUAAUGCAUUGAGAAGCUCCCGGGUCGGUUUUGGUUACAGAAAGAGCGUAACCUGUAUGCAUAUGCCGUGUGCAUAUGCUAGUUGCUCAGCCACAUUCACGUCUAAAUAUUGAUAACUGAUGUGGAAGGACAUGUAAAUAAACAGCGCUGUUGUUGUUGUUUUGCAGUAUUAAACUGGAUAAAUUCAAGUCUCCUAAAUAUAGGAACUGUUUUAUAUGUUGUACAGACAAAACAGAGGUUUAUGUUUAUAUUUGUAAUCAGCAGGUUUAGAUUGAGGACACUUGACCGUAGAUGUGAGUGAGAGUGGAUGUUUUUUUUUGCCUCUAUGUGGCCCUGUGAUGUCCAGGGUGCGACCCCGCCUUUCGCCCUAUAUGUCAGUUGAGAUUGGCACCAGUGCCGCCCGUGACCCUCAUGUGGAGGAUAAAGUGUUAGAAGAUGGAUGGAUGGAUGUUUAUAUUGAAUGUCACACUUCAGAUAGAAAGAGUGGGAGUAUAAGCCACUCAAAAUCCCUUAAGGAGCUGACACUGAAAUGACCCUAAACAUAUAACAUGGAACCAUAUAGACCAGGUGUCUGCACAGAAAAAGCUUCAGUAGGGCAAAAGGAGCUUACAUUUAAAUCACGAUUUUUCCAUCAUGAUAUAGCAGUUUUUUUUUCUGAUGAUAUUUCACAGAAUUUCAAAAGUUUACAAUAAAAUGUAUUUGUGAUGCAAAAUUAAGAAAUAACUUGAGUUAAUAUUAAGUGGCGGGCCGUGUGUUUGAGACCUCUGAUCUAGACCUUUUUUAAUGCCAGUGAAUUAACAGUCCAUAAUUUGACUUAAAAAUUAGACAUCGCUUCCACCUCGGUUGUCUACGAUGGCCUUAUAGCACUUGGAGUCAAAAUAUGUGACUGCACGGCCACUCCUGUAUGCCAGAGGGUAAACAUCUGUGCCUGAAUUCUAGCCACAAAAAUGUGUAACGCGUGAGUUGUUGCGACUAUCCAGUGAGAUAUCUCAUCCUCCCUCCAAUCGCUCUCUCAUGUGGACGCAUUGCUUCACCAAGACACUGAUACACACACACACACACACACACACACACACACACACACACACACACACACACACACACACACACACACACAGACGCUGCUGCAUAGAGUCUCAGGUGAAGUGAAAGUCAACUCAAAAGCAAUAAAUCCUU